GGGAACCCCACCCUCCCGGGGCUUUCCUUUGGUGAAUUGACAUUUCCCACUAGAGGGGACCUGUUUUCCGUUAAACUUUGUUGGCACCGAAGUGGUUCCAGAUGUUUCAAAGCGUCAGCCGGGAGGAGACUCAUCGCUCCAGUUAAUAUUUCAACCAUUAAACCGCCUGCAAUAAAAGCCGAGUUUCCGCUUGAAAAGCGCUACGCCGCUGGAUCCUUUCCCUCUUCACCUGAGUUUCCUGAGCUGCCGACAUGGCGCAAGGAUUCUUCGUCAGUAAAACGCUGGUCCUGGUCGGAGUCCUGAUCAGCGCAGCUGCCCUCGCCACUAUCAUCGCCCUGGCCGUGGUUUACGCUCAGGAGAAGCAGAAGAAUUCGGGGAGUGACCUGCCCGAAAUCCCCGACACGGAUUCCCCGUCGCCAAGCUCCCUCCCGACCAGCUCCCUCCCGACCAGCUCCCUCCUGCCGCCAAGCUCCCCAACGCCGACGCCUCCACCUCAACCCUGGGACAAAUACCGACUGCCCGAGACUCUAAAACCCGAACAUUAUGACCUGUUGCUCUGGCCGCGGCUGGAUAAGGAUCCGCAAAAGAAUUAUUAUUUCACCGGUUCUUCCACUGUUUUCUUUCGCUGCCAUCAGGACACGGAUGUGAUCCUGAUUCACUGCAACAAAUUGACUUUGGCCAAGUGGGAGGAUGGAGAACUGGCCAAACUGCACACCACAGACGAUUCACCCCCCCCAAAAAUAGAAAGAUCAUGGUUAACAAAUGAUACUCAAUAUCUAGUGAUCAAACUGCGCUCCAAACUGUCCAGCGGUACAAAUUAUUCCCUGUCUACAGAAUUUGAAGGCGCUUUGGCGGAUGAUCUCUCGGGGUUUUACAGAAGCGAAUACAUCAAUGAACACGGAAAAACCAGAGUUAUUGCAACAACUCAGAUGCAGCCCACGGAUGCUAGGAAGGCAUUUCCAUGCUUUGAUGAGCCAGCAAUGAAAGCAACGUUCAACAUAACUCUGAAAUAUAAAGAGGAAUACAAAGCAAUCUCCAACAUGCUACCACUUGAUAAUUACACCGUAACAGAAAAUAAGAUCAAUUGGAAAGUUACUACAUUUAAUCAAACACCCAAGAUGUCUACUUAUCUACUUGCUUUCAUUGUUUCUGACUUUGAGUAUCUGAAUGAAAUUGCAAAUGGAACUUUGAUCCGCAUUUGGGCAAGAAAACAGGCAAUUGAUGAAGGACAGGGAAACUACGCAUUAAACGUUACUGGGAAAAUUCUACAGUUUUUUGAAAGUUACUACAACAUUACCUAUCCACUUCCAAAAUCAGACCAGAUUGCGCUUCCUGAUUUUAAUGCUGGUGCAAUGGAGAACUGGGGUCUUGUCACCUACCGUGAGACAGCACUCCUAUAUCACCCCGACCUGUCGUCUGCUGGCAACAAGGAGAGAGUUCUAAAGGUCAUUGCACAUGAACUGGCUCAUCAGUGGUUUGGAAACCUGGUAACAAUAAAAUGGUGGAAUGACCUGUGGCUGAAUGAAGGAUUUGCCUCUUAUGUCGAAUACCUGGGCGCAGAUAAGGUUGAGCAAGGCUGGAAUGUGAAAGAUCUGAUUGUCCUGAAAGAUGUUUACAAAGUGUUUGCUAUCGACGCUUUAACUUCAUCUCAUCCUCUUUCUUCCGAUGAAAUUGAGAUUAACACACCUGCAGAAAUCAAUGAGCUUUUUGAUGCAAUUUCCUACAGCAAGGGAGCAUCUAUUCUUCGCAUGCUUUCUAAUUUUCUCACUGAACGUGUAUUUGUCAAAGGGCUCAAUGCCUAUCUUCAGAAAUUUUCAUAUGGGAAUACAGUAUAUACAGAUCUCUUUGGAUGUCUACAGGAGGCUGUGAAUGAGUCUAACUUAAAAUUACCUGGAACAAUUAACGAAAUUAUGAGUCGAUGGACGCGACAGAUGGGUUUUCCAGUCGUUACUAUAGAUACCAAAAGUGGACAUGUCUCUCAAAAACACUUCCUUCUGGAUCCAAAUUCAACUGUGACUCGUCCUUCAAAGUAUAAUUAUACAUGGAUUGUGCCAAUUACAUGGAUGAAAAGAAAUUCAGCACCGCAAACGGAUUGGCUUUUGAAUUCCCAAGGAUUAUUUCCUAUUAUGAACCCUAGUGGAGAUGAGUGGAUCUUGGCCAACAUUAAUGUUACAGGAUAUUACAGAGUGAAUUAUGAUGAGGAAAACUGGAAAAAACUUGUGAAUCAUUUGUUAAUAAAUCACACAGAUUUACCAGUCAUAAACAGAGCCCAGAUAAUGGCCGAUUCCUUCAAUCUUGCAAGAGCCAAGUAUCGUAACACCACAGCGGCACUGGAAACAACAAGAUACCUGUCCAAAGAAUUGGAAUAUAUUCCCUGGGAGGCAGCUCUGGAAAACUUGGCUUACUUUCAGCUCAUGUUUGACCGUAAUGACGUGUUUGGACCCAUGAGGGACUACAUGAGGCAACAGGUGGAAAAUUUGUACAAUCAUUUCAAAACGGAGACUAACAACUGGACAAAAUUUCCCGACAGUCUCAUGGACCAGUAUAGCAUGAUCAAUGCGGUGAGGGUCGCCUGUGGACAUGGCCUCCUGGACUGUCAAGAAAUGGCACAAGCAUUUUACAGGAAAUGGAUGAAUAAUUCUAUGGUUAAUCCCAUUCCUGUUGAUCUGAAGUCAUCAGUUUAUUGCAAUGCAAUAGCCUUGGGGAACGAGAAGCAGUGGGACUUUGCAUGGAAAAUGUUACAGAAAACUACAAUAGCCACAGAAGCGGACAAGCUACGAUCAGCCCUGGCCUGUACCAAACAGUCCUGGCUACUCAAUCGAUAUCUUGAAUAUACUUUGGAUACCAGUAAGAUUAGAAAGCAAGAUGCCACAAAAACCAUUAUUUCCAUUGCCAGAAAUGUGAUCGGUCAACCUCUGGCAUGGGACUUUAUCAGGGCAAAGUGGAAGUACAUCUAUCAGCAAUAUGGUGGUGGAUCAUUUUCAUUCUCGUCAUUGAUAAAGGGAGUGACAGAACGAUUUUCAACAGAAUUUGAGCUGCAACAGCUCGAGCAGUUUAAAAAAGAUAACCAGGAGAUUGGAUUUGGUUCCGGGACUCGGGCACUGGAACAGGCUUUGGAGAAUACCAAGGCAAAUAUCAAAUGGGUUGAUGAAAACAAGGAUUCUGUUAAAAAAUGGUUUAUCACAGCUGUGAAACCCCAAAGUUCUAAAAUCAAGAGUCUCUUGUAAAUAGAAAAUCUCUUUGAAAUAUGUUUCUAAAUGCAAUUGAGGCCAAGAAUUUUCCAAUGAGAAACAUCAGCAGACCAGUUCUGUUGAGGAGAAUGAUUUAUUAGUUAUGCCUAAAACAACAGAGGAAAUAAUUUCAAGCCAUAUUUGAGUACUGAAAGUAAAGAACUCAAACCAUAAAUGCUGUGCAAGCCAACGCAUUUCGAGCCAUGUCAUAUCACUCCAAAUUGUGCAAUGUUGCAAUUUCAAGACAUUGCCGACCAUAACACAUUAGUACAUUCUGAUUGAAUGCUGGAGUGUAAUAUUUCUUUCCAAGUUGUUGCACAUCACAUCAUACCAAACACAAGCUGAAUAAUACCAAAACUCUUAGAGAGAGAGAGAGAAUGGAAAUGGACCUUAGGCAGUUUCUAUAGUCGCAGCUCCCCACUGUUGCUAUCAGCCACUGAACAUUCAUUUGGCUCUUUGCUGAAACAUUACAUUGGACCCUUUACCCAAUGACUUUGCCUAUUUUGUUGUGCUGAUGAGAUGCUUUUCCUAUGAUUUUUUGUGCCACUUCCUUUCAGUGUUGCAUUAUUUUUAUUGCUUAUUGGGAAUUUCUAGAUUUAAACAUUUUCAGUUGUUCCAUUCACAAUGUCACCUUUUGAAAUUUAUAUUGUUUAAAGCAAAAUAUGAAAUAGGCUUUAGAAUAGAUAUCUUAGUGCUGUCAGGCCAGCCUUGGGAAAUGGUUAACACUAUUACACAGCAGGGAACUUGAUCAAUUAAAUAAAUGUCUUCAUUGGAGGAGGAGAAAUUGUCACAAGUAUAUGAUUUGAAAUAAUAUGAAAUAAUCUGAUGGAUUAAUUCAGCUUUGAAAAAAUAAUUCUUGGUACAUAAUUAUUCCUUUUAAAUCAAUAACUUUCAUUAAUAGUUACAUCCUUUGUUCUGUAGGUAUGUCACUCAUCAGUUCCAGGAAGGGUUCAAAUAGCCAGUCAUUUGAUAAUGCUUCUAAAUAGCACCUGAGACAGUAAAAUAGUUAAUCAAAUUAAUUUUGCUAAAUUUAACAACAGAAGUCUGCAGCAAGAGAAAAUACCUCAGAGAGCUCCUGUCAGCAAAACAAAACUGAUGCAAGGUCGUUCAGAGCUUAACAGAUUCAUUUUCAUGCAGGAUCUGGUCCAACAGCCUAAAACACAGCAUUGGAACUAAAACCAAACUGCCAGAGAAAUAUUCCCAGAAAGAUAAUCAUAAUUAAUUGCUGAGGUUUGCAACAUAUAAGUACGUUGUACAGGUUAGCACAGCAUUGUUCCAUUAAUCUUGAUCCCAUCCUGUACCAGGCCCUGGCAAUUUUACAGCAGGGAAUUAAAGAAUUGAAUGAUGAUUACAACUUAGUUGCAACAUUGAGGGAACCCGCGGGAAACAGUUUAAGAGUGUAACUUGCAUCUAUAGCACAAUCUGAACUGUUUAUUGUAACUUUCUGAAAUAAAAGUUGACAUUGAA